CCAGCGAAGAGAUUGUCUAUCAAUGAAGUAGUAAUAGCAGGGAACAUCUUGGCAGAGCAGAAGGAGGAGGAGAGCUUUAUUGAAACCUUUGAAAGCUCGUCGUGGCCACGUUCCCUUCUUUCAUUCACUGAAUUCCAGAGGUGACCAACAACAAGGGAAAAAAAUGAAGUUAAUCAUUGGCAUUGGCGGAGUGACCAACGGUGGGAAGACCACUUUGACAAAUCGACUCAUUAAGACGUUACCCAACUGCUGUGUUGUGCAUCAGGAUGACUUCUUCAAGAAACCCGAUCAAAUAGAAGUCGGGGAGGACGGCUUUAGACAGUGGGAUGUGAUCACCGCUCUGGACAUGGAGGCUAUGUUCAGCACGGUGAGAGGCUGGCAGGAGAACCCGGUUAAGUUUGCUCGCUCGCACGGUGUCAGCCUGUCAUCUGACGCUGAAGAGGCCGUAGGGAUCCAUGUCCUCAUCGUGGAGGGCUUCCUCAUCUACAACUACCAGCCUCUAGUCGACAUCUAUAACAAAUGUUUCUACAUUUCCAUUCCUUAUGAGGAGUGCAAAAGGAGGAGAAGUACAAGAACAUACACAGUCCCUGACCCUCCCGGUCUGUUUGACGGCCAUGUCUGGCCCAUGUACUUAAAACACAGGAAACAGAUGGAGGACAACUGUGACGGCAUAGAGUACCUCGAUGGGAUGACAUCAAAGGAUGACAUCUACAACAAAGCCUGUGAAAGCAUUCGGAAUUAUCUGCAGAACAGUUUAUAGCAGAACGAGGAUGACAGAGGAUUUGUGUAUAGACAUGUAAAUAUCAUUUUGUGUAACACCACUUGUGUACUUCAUGCCUAUGAUAUGAUUACUGAUUUGUAAAUAAUUAGUCAUAUAGCAAAUGAAGAACUGACGGCAAAAGGAACGUGUUUUGUAUGAUUGUAACCAUUUCUGAGAUAAGGCGCCUCUGGACUGCCCAGUGUUAACAUCAGAAACAGAUAGAAACUGAAAUGUACCCUGGGAAGAAAGAUUUGUGUACCAAAACCUAAAGAAACGACUGAAUCC